AUCGAGGCGUGGCAGUCUGUGAAAUCGGUGGCAGCUUUAUGGUGGAAUAAGGUGGACGAGAAAAACCAAAUCAUGCACACGAAUGUUUGGCUGACCCUGAAGUGGUACGAUUUUCAAAUGAGGUGGAAUCCCGUUGAUUAUGGUGAUAUUCGGCAAAUUCGAAUAGCCACCGACAAACUUUGGUUGCCCGACGUUGUACUAUUUAACAACGCCGACGGCAACUACGAGGUGUCUUACAGUAGCAAAGUGGUGGUCGACCAUGACGGACAAAUGUUGUGGGUUCCGCCGGCGAUCUACAAAAGCUCGUGCAUCAUCGACGUCGAGUACUUUCCGUUCGACGAGCAAGUGUGCACGUUGCUGUUCGGCUCAUGGACGUACAACGAGCGGGAGAUCACGUUCAGCUUCAACGAUGGCGUCGAAGGUGUCGCGUUUCAGGACUAUUCCACCAGCACCAUCUGGGAUAUCAUCGAGGCCCCAGCGGUGCUGACGCGCCAGAAGUCGAGGAUCGAGUUUCGCAUACGCAUUCGUCGCAAGUCGCUCUUCUACACCGUCGUGUUGAUCAUACCGACGGUGCUGAUGGCGUUCCUCAGCAUGAUGGUCUUCUACCUGCCGACGUGCGCCGGCGAGAAGAUCACGCUGACCAUCAACGUGCUGCUGUCUUUGGUCGUCUUCCUGCUGCUCGUGUCGAAGAUCCUACCCCCGACGUCGUCCACCAUCCCGCUGAUGGCGAAAUACCUGCUGUUGACGUUCUUGCUCAAUAUCAUCACCAUUCUCGUCACCGUCAUAAUCAUAAACGUUUUCUUCCGGGGACCAACCACUCAUCGUAUGCCUCUGUGGGUGCGCCACACGUUCCUCAACUUUCUACCAAAGCUGUUGCUCAUGCGACGGCCGUGGCACAAGGAGGACAAGUCAUCGCGCCAGCUGUUCCACGAUAUGCCACGACAGUUCUCCAUCAAGCGCACACCAACCACCUCUUUGUUUGGCGAGAAGUCGCCGGUCGUCGUCCAAUCAUGUGACACGACCGACUUCACACCUGACCAAUCCAGUCCGCAGAAGUCACGGAGGGCCAUAGAAGCGAUCGAGUACAUAUCGGACCAUUUGAAGACGGACGAAGAAUAUCAAUCGGUAAAAUACGUCGCUAUGGUCAUUGACCGUCUUCUGCUGUACAUCUUCUUCGGCGUGACCCUGGGCGGCACCGUCGGCAUUCUGCUGAGUGCGCCGGACGUGUUCGAGUACGUCAAUCAGGACCAGAUAAUCGAGCGGCUGAAGUUGAUCUACAGCGCAACCCUCAGUUAG